CCCGAGUUUGAACUCCACCUUUCUUCUUCUUCUUCUUCUUCUUCUUCUUCUUCUGUUUGGAAGAACAAGUUGAAAAGUAACACAGCACCAAACACAAAACUCAAGCAACCCCAUCAUUUCAUCGGCAUAAAUUUCCCAACUUGCAUUCAUUCUGAAUCACACUGCAAUGUGAUUGUAAUUGUGGUUGUGAAUUGACUUGUAUUGUGUGGUGCUUCAAAUUCAUGUUCAUAUGUCCCUUUCUCAACCUAAAAUGUCUGUUGCUGAGCUCAAGGAGCGUCACUUAGCUGCCACUGACACACUCAACAAUCUCAAACAACGUUUAAACCAUACACGCCGUUCUUUGCUUGAUACUGAUCUUGCUGGGUAUGCGAGGUCUCAGGGUAAGAGUCCUGUGACUUUUGGACCUACUGAUCUGGUUUGCUGUAGAACUUUGCAGGGCCAUACAGGAAAGGUGUAUUCAUUAGAUUGGACAUCUGAGAGGAAUCGGAUUGUUAGUGCAUCCCAAGAUGGUCGAUUAAUUGUGUGGAAUGCUCUAACAAGGCAGAAAAUCCACGCCAUAAAGCUUCCUUGUGCAUGGGUCAUGGCAACUGCUUUCUCACCAACUGGCCAGUCAAUUACAUGUGGUGGACUUGACAGUGUUUGCUCUAUUUUCAACCUGAAUUCCGCCACCGACAAGGAUGGGAAUCUACCUGUUUCCCGGACGCUUUGUGGACACAAGGGUUACAUUUCAUCUUGUCAGUAUGUUCCUGAUGAAGACACUCACUUAAUUACUGGUUCUGGUGAUCAGACUUGUGUUCUAUGGGAUAUUACUACCGGCCUUAAAACUUCUGUCUUUGGUGGUGAAUUUCAAUCUGGACAUACUGCAGAUGUACUUAGCAUCUCCAUUAACGAAUCCAACUCAAGAAUGUUUGCAUCUGGUUCCUGUGACACCACUGCUCGAUUGUGGGAUACACGUAUGGCAAGUCGAGCAGUUCGGACAUUCCAUGGGCAUGAAGGAGAUGUUAAUUCGGUCAAGCUCUUUCCAGAUGGAAAUAGAUUCGGAACUGGCUCGGAGGACGGAACAUGCAGAUUGUUUGACAUUCGGACUGGACACCAACUUCAAGUAUACUGUCAGAAGCACAGUGACAAUGAAACACCACCCGUGACCUCCAUCACAUUCUCCAUAUCAGGAAGACUCCUUUUUGCUGGAUACACAAAUGGAGAUUGCUACGUAUGGGACACUUUGUUGGCAAAGGUGGUGUUGAAUUUAGGGUCUCUUCAAGACUCUCAUGAGGGCAGGAUCAGCUGUUUAGGUCUGGCAGCUGAUGGAAGUGCCUUGUGUACAGGAAGUUGGGACACAAACCUUAAGAUAUGGGCAUUUGGAGGGCAUAGGAGGAUGAUUUGAGCCAUUGAAGGAGAGGGUACAGACUAAACUUUUGAGUUCCCUUGUUAGGUCCAUUUAUAUGAAAGGCUAUACGAGCGGCUAUAUACGUUCCUAAGGCAUGUAGUAUAUAACUAUAUAUAAGCGUUCCUAACAUUUUCUCGAUUGUGAAUGUAGUAUGAAACAAUACUUACGUUCGUUAUAACAUUAGAAUAUAUAGGCAAAUGCUCUUUAUGCA